AUGGAGGGGCUCAUCCCGUUCAUCUACAAGGCCAUCAAGGAGCGGCGGACCCGGAGCUACUACUCCCGGUGCAGCUCCACCGGCUCAUCGCGCGGCGGGUUCUUCGGGGCCCGCGUGGAGGACAGCUCGUGGGACCAGCAGAAGCAGUGGGAGUCCGCCGCCGGCGGCGGCAAGGUGACGACGACGGCGGGGAGGGAGAUGGCGCACCGCCGGCACCGCUCCCUGGAGGAGCUGGCGGGGGAGGUGGGCGCCUCGCCCGAGUGGGGCCGCCGGCCGGGCGCGCCGCAGAGGGCCCGCAGCGUCAGGAUCUUCUCCUGCAUCGGCGCCAUGUGA